AUGUCCGGAAGCGCGCCUACCGAGGCUCCCACCCGGCCGGUCCUGGUGGAGCCCGAGCGGCAGCGCAUCCGGCUGGUACCGCGGUACAAGGAUCAGGGCUACAGCCCCGAACAGGUCGCCCGCCGCCGGGCCUGGGUGGAAGAGCGCACCGACACCGAGCUGCACCACAUCGGCGGCACUACCCUGCCCAGCGAGGAGUUUCGCGGCAACAUCGAGAAUCCGAUCGGCGCCGUGCAAAUGCCGCUCGGUGUCGCCGGCCCACUGCGGGUGCGGGGCGAACAUGCCAACGGCGAGUUCUACAUUCCGCUAGCCACCACCGAGGGCGCGCUGGUGCGCUCCUACGAGCGCGGCAUGGUCGCCCUGACCCGCGCCGGUGGGGCGGUGACCCGGGUAUGGUUGGACGAGAACCGAGUUUCGCCGGUGUUCUUCCUCGCCGGAGUGGCCGAAGCCCACAUGUUUGCCAGCCGCGUCGAAGGAGCGUUCGAAGACCUGCGACAGGCCGCCGAGGCAACCACCGCCCAUGGUCGCCUGCUGGCCGUCGAGUGCCUGCCGGUGGGGCGCGAAGUGAUCGUCAACUUCCGCUUUUACACCGCCGAUGCCCAGGGCAUGAACAUGAUCGUCAAGGCGGUGGAGGCGGCCUGCCAGUGGAUCGCCAAAAACCUCGGCGGUGAGCGCUACUACGUUUUCAGCGGCUACAACUCCGAAAAGCGCGCCAGCGGCUCGCUGCUGGCUGGCGGCAAGGGCAAGAAGGUAGUGGCCGGCGCCCGCUUGUCGCGCGAGGUGGUGAAAUCGGUGCUCCACCUGUCGCCCGAACAGCUGGUGCAUCUGUGGCAUCACACCGUCCUCGGCCAUCUGCAAGCCGGCGCCAUGGGCUACAACGGUCACUAUGCCAAUGGCUUGACGGCGCUUUAUAUCGCCUGCGGCCAAGAUGUCGCCAACGUCGCCAACUCGGCAGUCGGCAUCACCAACUUCGAGCUCACCGCCGAUGGCGGGAUCUACGCCAGCGUCACCUUGCCGUCGGUAUCGGUGGCCACGGUCGGCGGCGGUACCGGCCUCGGCACCAGCCGUGAGUGCCUGGCCAUGCUGGGCUGCGAAGGUGCCGGCGAUGCCCCGCGUUUGGCCGAGAUCGUCGCCGCCACCGUGCUCGCCGGUGAGCUGUCGAUGGGCGGCGCCAUCGGCAGCGGUGAGUUCGUGGUCGCGCACGAGACCUACGGUCGCAACCCACCGGAGCCGGAGCCCGAGUCGAAGCCCGAGAUCGAGGACGAGCGUUGA